AUGGCCUCCAAUCGAGAGGAGCGGCUGCAAAUGCGGCAGCGCGGCGCUGGGACACGCAAGAUCAAGGAAGUGAAUUUCGGCUUCUCUUUUGGUCUCGCUCCCCCGCCUGAAGAGCCGCCACAAGCCGCGUCGCAACCCGUCGAUGUUGACAUUUCCAUCGAACCCCCCGCCGCACCACCGCCACCUUCAACUUCGGAGAAUACGCAACCUUUGUUAUCACCAGAAAAGCAGCUUCCAUCAUCACAAGAUAGUGGACAGCUCCGAACUCCAGGCGGGGCGCGUAAUUCACUCCCCGAGCGACCCUCAACAUUCGACAUACCGGAAGAUGAUGCGUUGGACCUUGGGCGAAGCGGCAAGCGAAGGAAGAUCGAGCCCCCUGGCCAGAGCCCGAGAGUAUCCGUCGAGCCAGAAGUCACGCAACAGGAAAAACGAGACUCGCCGGCUCUCCAAAAUGGCGUUCAGACAAGCGCGCCUGUGCCUAACGAACCUACGGAACCACGCGACGAACCCUUGACCAUGCAAAAUACUACAGAUGUAGGCCAGACGGAGCAGACGCCCAAAGAAACGCUUGAUCCAACCACCGCGAUGGUGUCGGACAACCCAGCAGCCGAGGCGGCCAUCCUGGAGGAUGAACAUCCAGAUCAAAACGGCGUGAAUCAGAAGCCCACAGAGCCCCAGAAAGAAUCAUCCGGGGCUGAUGGAACGCCGGAACUCGAAGACACCACGAAUGGCAAGCGUAAACGACGAGGGUCCAGUGCCGGCCAGCGACGGUUCCAGAGUAUUGAGCGGCCGGAGACGGAGGCUGAGAGCGCACAGCAUCUAGCGCCACAGGAACCAUUAUUGGAGACGAAUCUUGAUAAAUCCAUGGAAGCGGGCACUCUCAAAUCACAGCCUGGGAAACGGUCCAGAGGCCGGCCCCGAACAUCAGCACAAUCAUCCCCAGCAAUGGAUGAAGGGAGCGCGCAGAAUGAGGCUGCCUCGGCAGAAAGCACGCCGGGCGAGAGCAUACCGACCCAACAACCGACAACGAAAAGGUCUCGGGGCAGAAAAGCAAAAGAGCCGACAGCAGAUUCUGUUGCCAGUGAAACGCAAAAUGGCCAGCUUCUGGACGAGGGUAAUGUGCCGGAGGAAGAUGAUACGGCUACAUCUGAAGGGAUCCGCCAGUCGCGUCAAAAGUCAAAGGGGACGAAUGACAUACAAAAGCAAGUUGGGCAUCCCGGCAAGAAAGUUAUUGAGCUGCCGGAAAGUGUGGAGGCACUAGGGCCAGCCGGUGAAAAGAGAAAACAGAGAAGAAGAUUGGCGUCUGAGCCUGGGCCUGAACUGGAUGUUGAAUCAGAAGGUCCAAAGGAGCCCAAACUGGCCGGCGAAAAGAGGAAGCGAGGAAGAAUGUCAAAAGAGGAGCCCGAGCCCGAGCCCGAGUCACAGCCCCAGAGUGAGCCCCAGAACGAGCCCCAGAACGAGCCCCAGAACGAGCCCCAGAACGAGCCCGAGGUCUCGAAAGAACCCAAGCCAGCUGCCGAAAGGAGGAAACGGAGAAAGAGGUCAGAUCAGGAGUCCCAGCCAGAACCGGAGGUGGAGCCCGAGCUUGAAGUUUCAAGAGAGCCUGAACCAGCUAUCGAGAGGAGGAAGCGAGGAAGAAGGGCGACAGGGAAGCGAGAGCUGGAACAAGAACCUGAGCGCCAACCCGAAGUCCCCGAAGAGCCUGAGCCAGAACCAGAACCGGAACGGGAGACUCAGGCUGAGCCUGACCCCGUGUCUUCAAAGGAGCCAAAACCAGCCGGCGAAAAGAGGAAGCGAGGAAGAAGGCCAAAAGAGGAGCGAGUGCCGGAGCCAGAACCAGAGCGCCAACCCGAAGCCCCCGCAGAGCCAGCUUCAGCUCCUAUACGUGGUCGCGGCCGACCGUCACUAUCCCAUAAGGGUCCUGAAGUCACCCACCGUGAGGAAGACCUUGCGGCUCAGAAUGAAAAUGGGGAGGAGGCUUCUCGCACCACUAGAAGGAAGCCCAGACAGCCUCGUGGAGAGACGGUUCCUGUAACAGUCCAUCGUAUUGCUAAUGUCGCUUCGCUUGGAGGUCAUGUUCAACCUUCCGAGCUGUCCGACGAGGAGGAGGAAGAAGAAGACUCUGCCGAUGAGCUCGCGACGAGACAGAAAACCAAACUCCCUAGUAGGGGAGGCGUAAAUGUCGCCGAUGUUCUUAGCCAAAUCUGCCGAGAAACACUAGAGAAGACGCUCACAACACUCAAAAACGGAAUCUCCAACGAGGGAAAUGCAGCACGGCGCUCAGAGUGGACCACCAAGAAAAAAGCUGUGGAAGCAUUCGGCACCGAGCUCGAAGGAUGCCUUUUCGAACUAAGCGAAAUGCUCGACAGUAACUUCAUACUAGGGGUCAAACUGAAAAAGGCCAAGCGGGAAAUGAUGGAUAUGCGCAGUCGGCUGUAUCAACUACGAAAAGAAAGGGAGAGCGUGGCACUGCAGAUGGAUGCAGUCCGAAGGAAGCACUCGGCGGAGGAAAAUGCAAGCCAGGCGCGCACCAACAUCAACAAUUCCCUACACAGUCUAGAUCUAGCCCUUGAACGCAGCCAGAACCGGCCUGCAGGCGAGCCAGAUGACUCAGGCUCGUCCGAACCAUCCUUGACCGUUGGGCUGGAGUUCAUGCUCCGUAGUGUUGCGGACAACGUGAGCUCCCGCGCCCCUGGAGCCCAAGGGGGACUCUUAAACCAGAUCAAGGCGUUCAACGCGCAGCUUGAGGCUGCCGCACGAACACUUGAGAGUUGA